GGACGCGGAGGCUCAAGCCGGGCGGGGCCAGGCCGGGCGGGCAGCAUGGAGAGCGGCGGCGCCUACGGAGCGGCCAAGGCCGGAGGCACCUUCGACCUGUUGCGCUUCCUGCAGCGGCCGCAGGUCCUGGUGCGGCUGCUGAGCGCGGUGUUCUCCCUCAUCGUUUUCUCCUGCAUCAUCGGUGAGGGGUACUCCAACUCCCAUGACACCGCUCAGCUCCACUGCGUCUUCCACCGGAAUGAGGAUGCCUGCCGUUACGGCAUCGGCAUCGGUGUCCUCGGCUUCCUGGCCUGUCUUGCCUUCUUCACGAUCGAUAUCUACUUCCCCCAGAUCAGCAAUGCCACUGACCGUAAAUACUUGGUCAUGGCAGACUUGGGCUUUUCAGCACUCUGGACUUUCCUGUGGUUCAUUGGCUUUUGCUUCUUGACCAACCAGUGGGCUAUGACGCUGCCGAGCGAGGUGCAUGUAGGGGCUGACUCAGCCCGAGCUGCCAUUGCCUUCAGUUUCUUCUCCAUCUUCUCCUGGGGGUUCCUGAUCACCUUUGCUCUCCAGAGGUACAGAAUGGGACUGGAGGACUUUACUAACAGCUACACUGACCCCACCCCUGACCCUUCGACCCCCUACUCAAUUUACCCCAACGUCACUCACGACAACUACCAGCAGCCGCCCUUCGCCCAGACUGGAGAGACCUCGGAGGGCUACCAGCCCCCGCCGGCCUACUGAGCCCUGUGCCAGUGGCCAGCAGGGAUAACUGCACAAGUGCAAUUCUUCUGUGGGGUAGGGGCUGUAUCUUGACUGGGGGUGGGGGUAGGGGAUUGGUGGCUGCUUAGUGUGUGAGGGGCACCAGGGUUUUGGAGUUAGCAUGCCAAGGGAGAGGGAGGCAGCUCCCUGGUUCCUGGCAGAGCCCAGGGACUAAAUGCAGGGAGGAGGCUGCAUGCCCCCAGAGCUGCUUGCUGACUCGGCCUUCCUGAAAAUCAAGUACUUGCUGACUCGGGGGGGGGGGGGGUCACCCUGGCCCCUCCCCAGCUGUGAUAAUGGAGUGUGGGCAGUUAGAUUCUUUCCUUCACAACAGCAAGGAAUGACUAUUUCCUCUCUUGUGGCUGAGACAGCAUGGUGAGUUUUAAACACCCCCAAACCCUGCUCAUGGCUAUAUCAGUGUAACUUCAGCUCUACCCCUGGUGCCUUUACUAACCCUGCUGGCUCAGAUUCCCUGAAGUGCCACCUCACUUUUGUAUCAGGUAUCUUAAUCCCCAGCUGCCACUUUGCUCAGUAGGGCAGUGGGGUUCAGUUCCUGGGCCAGCAGUUGCUUGUGACUGCACCUGCAGUUCUGCUUCCGUGCUGGGUAAUGGGGCAUGGAAGGGGUUCCUGUGCUGCCUUCCAUUUCUGCUGCUGGGUGAGCUUGGUGCCAAAGUGCAGGACUAAACUUUUUGUAAACUAACUUGUAUAUGAAGCUUGAGAGUUCCCCUGCUAAGUUAGGGGCUGUGCCUUACCCCUCCCCCAGCAAGCUAAAGGGGAUUCUGUUGAGUAGGGGAGGGUCUGAUCUUUGGGUACCAUCUGCAAUGAGAUGGCCCAGAUCAGGAGGUUGGUCAGCUCUUUAACUGCUGCUGAAACAGCUUCCUAGAAUGACUUUGCUGUGGGGCCUGAGCAAGCAGAGCAGCCCUGUUCUAUUUACCCAGUACAACACCUUUCUGCUCACCCCAGGCUGCUCUGGCAGAAGCUACUCUGGUCAGAGCACAGCCUGGUGGUGUCUGCUCAAAACCAUCUGGCAGCUAGCUCUGCAGGGGAGGGCCAGGCUUCAGCCUGCUCCUGCCACUGAAUCAGCAGUGCAGGGAGUGGGGGGAUGGAGCUGUUCUUCCUUGUGUACACACCAGCAAAGCAAGACCGGGUGUGUAAA